CCGGGAGCGCCGCCUGGGAGUCCCCCACGUGGAAGGAAGGAAGGAAGGAAGAAGGCGAUGGAAGGCAGCGGGGGCCCCGGGACGGAAAUGGCGGCGGGGCCUGAGGCUGCAGUGCUUUCGGAGGCUGAGGCCCUGCCUGCUGGGGAGCAGCAGGAGGAGGAGGAGGGGACAGGGGCCGCGUCCUUCGGGAGAGCCGCUCCGGGGAAGCGCCCGGCAGCCCCUUCGGGCGGCAAGAAGCAGAAAGCGGCGCCCGCCAUCCCCAAAGGGAAGCCCAAAUCCGGGCGCGUCUGGAAGGACCCGGGCAAGAAGCGGUUUUCCCACAUGACUAAGGACAAACCUUUGCGUACCUCCUGGGAACGCAAGAUGAAAGAACGUCAGGAAAAGAAAUUAGUCAAAGACUUUGUCCGGCAGUUGGAAGAUGAAAAGCGGAGAGAGCGUGAGGAGAAGAAACAGCGAAGGAAAGAGAACUUAGAAAGACGUCUGGAGAAUGAGCGGAAAGCAGAGAUUGUGCAAGUGAUUCGGAAUCCGCUAAAACUGAAGCGUGCAAAGAAGAAGCAGUUGCGUCGCAUCGAGAAGCGAGACACACUGGCACUUCUGCAGAAACAACAGGCACAGCGCAAAACAGCCAAAGAAUGAGAUCUGGGUAGGAAGUGAUCUCUCCCUUCUGACAUGUGGAAAUAAUUUCCUCGGAGAGGCAUAAGUCAGGAUGCUGGAUCCACUGCAGUGGGGACCUUGGAUGCUCUGCUAGCAUCUCCCUGGUUUCUCUUGCCACCGAAGAGCAGAUUCUUCAAAAGGGAUCUGUCUUGCAUCUAGAAGUUUCUCUUUGGUUUUCCUUGUUGUCACGGAUGCAGAAUACAGCAGACUGAACUUAAGAUUUGAGGAUUUGCAACUUCCAGGCUUUGGUUAUAUAUAAUAGUGCCUCAGUGAAAAAGUGGAUUAAACCUUUAUUUGUUUGAUAUCUGUGACACAAAAAAAUAAGUAACAUGA